AUGUCGUCUGAAAGCCAGCCCAAUGCGUCGCCGCACGAUGCCGUAAAAAGAUCUCGUUUUACCCAUCGGCAGCUUCAUCUGCUCCGUCAGGGCUCAACUGCCACUCCGCUCCGGGCAAUCGCGCAUAUCGAUCUCGAUGCCUUCUAUGCCCAAUGUGAAAUGGUGCGUCUGGGCACUCCUCGGGAUACACCGCUUGCCGUGCAACAAUGGGGUUCCCUGAUUGCAGUCAAUUACGCCGCGCGCCCAUUCGGAGUGACCCGGAUGAUUACCGCGCCCGAGGCUCGCAAAGCAUGUCCCAAUAUUGUCUUACAGCAUGUUGCGACAUUCAGGGAGGGGGAAGGAGGUAAAUGGGCGUAUCGAGAUGACUCGUCCAUGAACAUCAGUACCGACAAGGUCUCGUUGGAUCCCUACCGCGCCGAGUCGCGCAAGAUUCUCAAGACCAUGAAAGAGGCGCUGGAGCAAUGGUGUACGACCGAAUCAGAUGGAGACACAUACCGCUACACCCAGGGUCUCUCGGCUGCGCUGGAAAAGGCCAGUAUAGAUGAAGUCUUUAUUGAUCUGUCGCCUCUGGUGUACAGCGUUCUGCUUCAGAGAUACCCGGAGCUACGACCGGGCUUGCAGGAGGAGAAUCGGGACUGGCAUCCUGAAGACUGCCUAGUAGACCUUGAUUUGCACGAGCGAGAGGAGGAUGAUCCAGACUGGGAUGACAUUGUGAUGCUCGUAGGGUCGGAGAUCGUUCGGGCGGUGCGGCAGGCAGUCUGGGAUGUCCUUCACUAUACCUGCUCUGCAGGUCUGGCUCGCAAUAAGAUGCUCGCAAAGCUGGGUAGUGCCUGCAACAAGCCUGAUAAACAGACCGUGGUGCGAAAUCGGGCUGUGCAACAUUUCCUGGGGGGCUACCGAUUCACUCAAAUUCGGAUGCUGGGAGGUAAAUUAGGGGAUCAAAUCACCUCCUUCUUUGGCACCGAGAAAGUGAGUGAAUUACUCAACGUGCCUCUGGAGCAGCUGCGUGCGAAACUCGACGACCAUACUGCCUCCUGGUUGUACGGGAUUAUUCGUGGUGAAGAUCGAUCCGAGGUCAAUUCACGUACACAGAUCAAGUCGAUGCUCUCAGCCAAAUCGUUCCGGCCUAGCAUCAAUACACUCGAACAGGCAGAGAAAUGGUUGCACAUCUUCGCGGCAGAUAUCUACGGGCGUCUGGUGGAAGACGGCGUACUUGAGAAUAGACGCCGCCCAAAAGUGAUCACGCUGCAUCACCGAACUGCGCAAACUCGAUCUCGGCAGAUUCCUAUCCCUGCGUCCAACAUCAUUGACGAGAGCCUUUUGUUUGAACUGGCGAGAACACUCAUGCGACAAGUCAUGACUGAUGGGCAACCCUGGCCCUGCUCUAAUCUAUCCCUCAGCGUGAGCAGUUUCGAGGAUGGCGUGACUAAGAACAAGGCAAUUGAAGGAUUCCUUGUUCGCGGCGACCAAGCAAAGCACCUGAACCAGAACUCUCGCCCACGCGAUAGCCCGCCAACGUUGAGUGACUCGAUUCCAAUGGGAAAAAGGCGCAAAAUCGAGGACGAUGGAAUCAAACGCUUCUUUGCUCAGCCAGCCCGCACUGACAGAACGGUCGGAGGACCAGACUUUCCUUCUCCCCACAACAGCGGAUUCUCUGGGGAUUUGGUUCCACCCGCUAAAGUCUCCGAAAUUGAAGAUGAGUCGAGCUCCAUACCGCAAUACAAAUGCGAUCGUUGCUCUAGGUCCAUUUGCGAAUUGGAGCGAGAGGAGCACGAGGACUGGCAUUUCGCGAAAGACCUGGAGAUACAGGACCGGCAAGAGGCAAGAGAUAUGCAACACCAACCAUCUAAUCCAAACCCCAACGCUUCACGCGGUUCUGCUUCUACUCGGGGGCGAGGCGGCCGUGGCAAGCCAGAGAGGGGACAAAUGCGACUGGCCUUCUAG